AUGUUUAGACUUGGGGAAGCUGCACACCCAGGACCAUGGCCUGACACACCAGCAGAAGGCCUGGUAAUUGGAUGCAUGAACCCGACUGGUUUGGUCGGGAAAAGCCACUUGGUCGCUGAACUUCCGACCGGCAGCAGCACCAUUUAUGCAGUUAGUGAGUCGCACCUAUCUGCCCAAGGAAAGAGAAAGUGCGAAACCGAAUUGAAGUUUCAUAAAGUUGGAAUGUCUUUGCAUGCAGGAGCUCCAGUUCCAACCCGCUCCAGUACAGUCAGUGCAGUAGGUGGCAAACAUCGGGGGGUCGCAUUCCUCUCAAGUGUCCCUGGCAGACAGAUGACCCCCACCUGGACGAUGCAAGAAUGGAAGCAAAACAGGUUCCACAUAGCAAGCUUUGCAGUUGGACGUAGAUGGAUUCAAGGAGCUGUUAUCUAUGGACAUGCCGCAGCACCAGACAAUGUAGCCACCAAAGAAGCUACAGAUCAGAUAUGCCGCAUUGCCACAACGAGGUUGAUCGAGCAGAGUUCUGGCCUUAGGUUCAUUGCAGGUGAUUUCAACCAAUCCCACUUGAACCUACCUUCCAUGCAAUACUGGCAGAACCAGGGUUGGGUGAAUGCACAAUGGUGGGCUCAAGAACGUUUGGGAAAACCUUUGCAACCAACAUGCAAAGGGGUGACCAUUAAAGACCACAUUUACCUCAGCCCCGAGCUAGCCAUGUACUUGGAAGAUGUAAUAGUAGAUCAAACAAUCUUCAAAGACCAUGCUGUCUUGGCGGUUGCCCUCGCCUCAUUGGGAUCCCCGCCAAAAGUUCCAAUGUGGAAGCAGCCACUGCCGAUUGAUUGGACAAAAAUACCAGAACUUCCUGAAGAACCCGAAUGUAGUACCCUUCAAGGAUCAUCAGAAGCUCAGUAUGCAUCCAUCAUGAAGGAAUUUGAAGAUGUCAUUGACCACACCCUGAAGGCCAAUAACAGACCUCCGCUCCUGCCACGUCAAAGAGGGAGAGCCAAGACUUUGGAAGUCCACUGGGUCAGUGAAUACACAAAACCACCAAGUAAGGGAAGGGAAGGGGAACUGCAGCCAAAAUUUCAUGGCAUUGACCCGUUGCAUGCAAAGAAGCUGAGGCAGGUAAGACGAGUGCAUAACCUGCUCAAAUUAAGGUCGCGCCAGACCCCAAAUCCACAGCAGUUGGAGCACGCUUCCUGCCUUUGGGAUAGUAUCCGCAAGUCGUCAGGAUUCCCACCUCACUUUGUGGCAUGGUGGAAUCACGAACAUGGACAUGAGGCUGCACUGACAGAUGGCAUGCCAAGCAUGCCCACCCUUCGGAUUAUAUGCGCCCAAUUAGAAGAAGACCUUGCCAACCUGGAAAAGGUUCUGACCCGAACACGUGUGGCCAUGGCAAAAAGACGUAGAGUAGAUGACCCCAAUGUCAUCUUUAAAGACCUGCAGAAGGAACCCCCAAAACCAUGCCAAACACUCCUCAAGCCUUGCCAUGCAAUCAUCACAGCCGUUGAUGAACAGGAAUCAGCCGUGUUGGUAGACCCGCCGCAGACAUGGGAUCCAUCAGUAGAUCUCUUCACCCCUGACUCUAAACUGCAGGUCAUCCAUGCGGAACCGGAUAAAAUAUGGGUGGAGGAUGCCAAUGAUGAAAUGAUAGGACAGACUGUCAAGCAAGAUCAAUACAUGGGUCAAUUGAAUGCUCUUUUCGAUGCGUUUGGGACAGAAUGGUCUAGGCGAUGGGAUAAGCACCUCAAUGUCCCCGCCGACACAUGGGACCCAAUAGUUGAUUUCGUUCGAGAAGCCUUCCCAAUGCAGCCAGAAAUGCAGUCGCAACCUAUCACAUAUGAAGUGUGGCGGAGAGCCCUUAAGAAGAAAUCCAAACGCGCAGCAGUUGGCCCAGACGGGGUCUCUAGAAUGGACCUCCUCCGCUUACCAAAAAGCCUUACCAUACAGCUUUUGGAAAUCUUUGCCCAAGUGGAAGCCGGACAUCCAUGGCCAGCCCAACUUCUAGAAGGAUUCAUCAUUGCCCUCGAAAAAGUAGAAGGAGCAUGCUCAGUCCAGCAGUAUCGCCCGAUAUGUAUCUUUAGUGUCGCAUACAGGACGUGGUCAAGCAUCAGGGCAAAAGAAGUCAUCCAUCAUCUCUCCAAGCUUGCCCCCAGUGCAUGUGCUGGUAGCCUGCCACAUAAGUCUGCAGCCGACAUUUGGUACACAAUCCUUGCUGAAAUCGAACUUGCACACCACACCCAAGAGGAGUUGUCGGGAGCAGUACUCGACUUGAUCAAAUGUUUCAACAUGAUACCCCGGUUUCCGGUGAUGGCCAUGAUGGAGCAUUUUGGUGUGGCCACAGGUACUCUCCGAGCAUGGGCCUCAGCACAGACCCAAAUGAAGCGGCGUUUCAAAUUGCGAUCAUGCGUGGGCCCGGCCUUGGGCUCGUCAACAGGUUUUCCAGAAGGGUGUGCCCUUAGUGUAACUUCAAUGAUUGCAGUUAACAUCACAGCCCAUAGAUGGCUCCAAUGUAAAUAUCCCCGCUCCACGUUGUUCUCUUAUGUUGAUAAUCUUGAGCUGCUUAGUCCCCAAGCCAGUGAAGCCUUGCAGAGUCUCCACGCAUUGGUGAACUUUACUGAAGUUUUAGAUGUUGAAAUCGACUUCAAGAAAACAUACGUUUGGAGCACCCAAACUACUGGAAGAAAACACUUGCGUACACAACAAGACGAAUCCCAGAGUUUCACAAUCAUGCAUUGGGCUCGAGACUUGGGGGGCCACAUGUCGUAUACAAGACAACACACCAACCGCACCUUGCAAAUGAGGUUGGAACAAAUGCCAAAACUAUGGAACCUCCUCGCCCGUUCUUUAGCUCCGUACCCUCAGAAAUUACGGGCGUUGAAGGCAAAAGCAUGGCCACUUGCCUUACAUGGAGCACCAGCAGUAACUUUGGCAGAUAACCACUUUUCCACCUUAAGAACAGGGGCGACUAGAGGUCUCAAAGAACAUACCAGCGGCAUGAACCCCAUGGUCCAUCUCAGUGCGGUGGAACACCCCACCCACGAUCCCCAAUUUUAUGUCCUGUUAUCCACUGUCCUCACGUUUAGGUCACAUGGCCCUGAUGAAUAUGUGCUGGACUAUGUGAUGGCGUCCAACGCCAUGCCAACACAGUUUAAGCAGACCCCCCCUGGGCCAUGCCAUGUCCUCCUGGUGAGGCUGCACCAGCUUAGUUGGAGCUGGGUCACUCGUGGUGUGUUUUUAGACCAUGACCAAAUGCCAAUUGAUGUCCUGCACUGUCCGGUACAGGAACUUAGACAAAGGUUGAUAGAAGCAUGGCAAAUCCGCACUAUGGGGAUCGCACAAGACAGGAAAACUUUUGGGGGUGCAGCCCACAUGCAUGCAGGUCUAAGCACAGCAAAGAUGCAGUCACAUCCUCCGGAAGCCCAGGCAGUGUUACGUGCCGCUCUCAAUGGAACAUUCUUCACUGCAGAUAGACUUGCCAAGCGAGAUCCGGAAGCCUCAAGUAAGUGCCGUUUUUGUGGGGCAGAAGAUAAUCAGGUGCAUCGGCAUUGGCGCUGUCCUCACUUUGCUGCGUGCCGACGUCACAUGACACAGCAACAAAUCGAGCACAUUUUGGCCAUGCCUCCGGUUAUCCCAAAUCAUGGAUGGAUUCCCACACCACCAUCCUUGUUGCCUUUCAGAGAAGCGUGUUUGCACAUUCCAGAUGAAACUAAGGUUUUCGCUUGGCCAGAUGUCUUGGAGGAUGAGUUGCAUUUCUUUACAGAUGGGUCAUGCCUGGACCCGACAAGCCAGUUGAGCAAGCUUGCCAGUUGGGGUGUAGUUUUGGGAUCAACCACAAGUGAUGCGUUUGUACCCAUUUCAAACGGCCUACUCAGGGGAUGGACUCAGACAGCUGCCCGAGCUGAAAUAGUUGCUGCCACCAGCGCAUGCGAGUGCGCAAUCAUCCUUAAGCGCCCAUGCUUUCUGUGGGUGGAUAACGAUCGAGUAUAUAAGAAGCUGCGCAAUUUCAAACAUGGAAAGUGUCAGAUUGGCCUCAAUCAAAAAGAUGCGGACCUGUGGGGUAAAUUGGCAGAUGCCGUAGCUCGACUCGGUUCACUCUUAGUUGCAGUCACCAAGGUGGUCAGUCACCAAAAUCCACUAGGUGCACAGGAUGAAGCAGAGUCAUGGAUUUUCCGUGGCAAUGCCGCAGCUGACGCAUUGGCUGCGUCUGCGUACUCAAGGUUCCCAAUGGUCACUAGGAAAUGGUCACAGCUCCGUACAGACGUCGCUGCAGUGUGUUUGUUCCGUGAAAGCGUCCAUAAAGUCAUCAUCACGGUGGCCCAGAGGUCGGUCACACAGCCGAAAGAACCAGAAGUUGCAGAACAUGCAGAUAGACCUAGAAUACACCCAGACCAGGUUCAGGAAUUCCGUCCAGAGCCGCAGGCCCAAGCACUUCAGUCAAAACGUUUUGCCAUUAACCAACAGGACACUAUCACCCAAUGGUUUUCUUCCAUAAUAGAUCCUGGGGCGCCCAUUAAGAUGCUUAGCUGGUUUCAGUUGAAUAUCCUCUUCGAAUACCAGACUGGAUUGGCAGGGAUUAAAUACAAGCCUUCGAGCAAACGAUACUUUCUCAUUGAGGAUGAUGCCAAGGGGGACUUUGCCAUUCUCAGCCACAAUCCGUUUCUGGACGAUGUGCGUGCCGAUGCGCAUAUCCGAAGCUGCGAUCGAAACUUGCGA